CGGCGACGGCGACGGGCGUCGGAACUCGCUGGAAGACUCGGCUCAGAGCUGCUCAACAGUUCGCAAAGUCCGGGCUCACGGGCGCGUGGCUCCGUGUGCGCCCGGGCGGCGCUGGGGCGCGGGGGGCCCCGGGCUGCUGCAUGGUGGGCGGCCCGGGACAUGCCCCGCUCCCCCCGCCGGACGCCCGCGUGGCUCCUCCGGCUGCGACUGCUCCGGACUCUGGGACUAGAUCGACCGGCGCCCUAACUUCUGACUUUGGGGUCCCCCAGCCCUAGAGGAACGGGCAGCUCGGCUGGGGGAGCCCCGGGCAUGGUGUGACGGGGCGGGCGGCGUGGCUGCGCCCCCCACUGCGGCCACGCGUGGUCCCCGCGCCUUCCGUCAUGUAGCUGCUGUCCCCGCUCCCCUCCGCCUCCAGCCGCAGUCUCCGCGACCUCCGGCCUCCAGCCGCCAACUCUUUGUCCCCCAGGAUCCCGCCGCGGUCUUCGCGUCCUCGGGAUUGCAGCCGCCGUCUCUUCGUCCUCCGGAUUCCAGUUUCGCCACUCCGGCUGCCUUCGCGCCCCUGGGACACUAGCCACGGUCCCUGCCAUCUCCCCAGGAUCCAGCCACCGCUCCUGCGCUCCCUCCCCCGCCCCAACCCACCCCACAGCCGUCGUCUCCGCUCUCCAGCCAGUCUAGACUGCAGUCACAGUCUCCGCGUCUCCCCCAAGCCCAGACUCCAGCCGUGACCUCCGCGCCCCCGGGAAUCCAGCUGUCGCGCCGCUGGCCGCAGGUGCAGCAGCCGCCCCGCGCCGCGCGCCCCGAGUGCGGCCGGGCCUCGGCGGGGAGAUGAACGCGCAGCUGGACGGCCUGUCGGUGAGCUCGUCCUCCACCGGCUCGCUGGGCUCAGCGGCCGCGGCGGGCGGCGGCGGGGGCGCGGGGCUGCGGCUGCUGUCUGCCAACGUGCGCCAGCUGCACCAGGCGCUCACGGCGCUGCUGAGCGAGCCCGAGCGGGAGCAGUUCACUCACUGCCUCAACGCGUACCACGCGCGCCGCAACGUCUUCGACCUGGUGCGCACCCUGCGCGUCCUGCUGGACAGCCCGGUCAAGCGGCGUCUGCUGCCCAUGCUGCGACUGGUCAUCCCGCGCUCCGACCAGCUGCUCUUCGACCAGUAUACGGCCGAGGGCCUCUACCUGCCCGCCACCACCCCCUAUAGGCAGCCCGCCUGGGCCGCUCCCGACGGCGCGGGGCCCGGGGAGGUGCGGAUCGUGAGCCUCCGGCGCGCCAAGGCCCACGAGGGCUUGGGCUUCAGCAUCCGCGGGGGCUCGGAACACGGCGUGGGCAUCUACGUGUCACUAGUGGAGCCGGGCUCCCUGGCAGAGAAGGAAGGGUUGCGGGUCGGGGACCAGAUUCUGCGCGUCAACGAUAAAUCUCUAGCCCGGGUGACCCACGCGGAGGCUGUCAAGGCUCUCAAGGGCUCCAAGAAGCUGGUGCUGUCUGUGUACUCAGCUGGGCGCAUCCCCGGGGGCUAUGUCACCAACCACAUCUACACCUGGGUGGACCCCCAGGGUCGCAGCACAUCCCCUCCCUCCAGCCUGCCCCAGCCCCAUGGCAGCGCCCUGAGACAGCACGAGAAUGACCGGAGGAGUGCCCUACACCUCCUGCAGAGUGGAGAUGAGAAAAAGGUAAACUUGGUGCUGGGGGACGGCCGGUCCCUGGGCCUCACAAUCCGAGGUGGAGCUGAGUACGGCCUUGGCAUUUACAUCACCGGUGUGGACCCAGGCUCCGAAGCAGAAAGCAGCGGGCUCAAGGUUGGGGACCAGAUUCUGGAGGUGAAUGGGCGGAGCUUUCUCAGCAUCUUGCAUGACGAGGCGGUGAAGCUGCUCAAGUCAUCCCGGCACCUCAUCCUGACGGUGAAGGACGUUGGAAGGCUGCCCCACGCACGUACCACCGUGGACCAGACCAAGUGGAUUGCCAGUUCCCGGAUUGGGGAAAGCGCCACCAAUUCAGCAGGGUUUCCAGGGGACCUCACAGAAGAAGGAACAAGCAAGCCAGGAUUUUACAAGGGCCCCGCUGGCUCCCAGGUGACCCUGAGCAGCCUGGGGAAUCAGACACGCGCACUUCUGGAUGACCAAGCCCGGCACCUGCUGACAGAGCAGGAGCGUGCCACCAUGAUGUACUACCUGGACCAGUACCGUGGUGGUGCCAUCUCUGUGGAGGCCCUGGUCAUGGCACUGUUUGAAUUGCUCAACACACACGCCAAGUUCUCUCUCCUGUCUGAAGUGAGGAGCACCAUCUCACCCCAAGACCUGGACUGCUUUGACCACCUGGUGCUGAGGCGGGAGAUAGAGUCCAUGAAGGCGCGGCAGCCCCCAGGCCCUGGUGCCGGAGACACCUACUCCAUGGUGUCCUACAGUGACACGGGAUCAUCCACAGGCAGCCACGGCACCUCCACGACGGUCAGCUCAGCCAGGGAGCGGCUGCUGUGGCUUAUAGACCUGAUGGAGAACACGUUAGACCUGGAGGCAACCGGUGAGACCACCCAAGGCAGCGUUAACACCCUCCCGGAUGUGUCUGUGGACGAUGUGAAACCUCCCUCAGAAGAUCUGUCCGGCAUCAAGCCACCUCCUCCCCCGCCACCACUGGCUCAAGAUCAAGACCACCGGCUUGGCCAGACACGGAAGCCAGGGAGGGAGGACCCUGCACCUCUGUCUGCUGCUGCCCACUCAGGCAUUGUCUUCUCAGCACCCCGGAAUCGAAGCCCGCCCCUGGGCGCUGCACCCACCCCAGGGCCCUCCUCAGCAGCACAGGACUCGCCCUCCUCUCCCAUUUACGCCUCCAUCUCCCAUGCCAACCCCAGGUCUAGGAAGCCGCUGGACACCCACCUGGCCCUGGUUAACCCGCACCCCAUCGGCCCCUUCCCCCGGGUCCAGUCCCCACCACACCUGAAGAGCCCUCCUCCUGCAGAGACCCCGGGGGCUGGGUCCUGCCUUCCGCCACCGUCGCCCUCUGACCACCCCGAACCUGUGGGUGCAAACCAGCACUUCGUCCUGGUGGAGGUACACCGUCCGGACAGCGAGCCUGAUGUGAACGAAGUGCGGGCUCUGCCCCAGACACGCACAGCCUCCACACUCUCUCAGCUCUCAGACAGCGGGCAGACUCUAAGUGAGGACAGUGGCGUGGACGCUGGGGAGACAGAGGCCAGCACCUCAGGCCGAGGCAGACAGACAGCAUCCACUAAGAGCAAGAGUGGCAAGGAGCUGCCCCAGACGGAGAGGACCACAGAGGGUGCCAAUAAACCCCCUGGCCUCCUGGAGCCAACAUCCACUCUAGUCCGUGUGAGGAAAAGUGCAGCCACACUGGGCAUCGCCAUUGAGGGUGGUGCCAACACACGCCAGCCUCUGCCCAGGAUUGUCACAAUUCAGCGAGGAGGUUCUGCCCAUAACUGCGGGCAGCUCAAGGUGGGCCACGUGAUUCUGGAAGUGAAUGGGCUGACGCUUCGGGGUAAGGAGCACAAAGAGGCUGCCCGAAUCAUCGCCGAGGCCUUCAAGACCAAAGAGAGGGACUACAUCGACUUCCUGGUCACUGAGUUCAACGUGAUGCUCUAGGGGUGGGGUCAAGGUCAAGACUAUAGGACAGGGUCACAGGCAGACUCCCCCUCCUACCCUGACACAUAUACCCUGCCUGGUCCCCUGGCCCAGAUUAGGAGAAAAAGAGAACCAGACAGGGCAAGCAACGAGUCAGGUCCAAAUCUGUGCGCCAGACACACAGUAGGAGCUCAAUAAAACUGCGUUAGCGAAGGGAAGGAAGGCAGAGCACCUUUCUCUGGGCCGGAUGGGGGUGCUGCCACCCCCAGAUGCCUAGGUCUUUGGCUAUGAGGUCACAGGAGAGUUCACGGACUGCUCCCUGCCGGGGGACCUUCAGUGCCACAAAUGAGCCGCCAGCACGCCUGUUCACACCAGUCGCACCCCUUUUCUCCUAGCUCAGUGUCCCUAGGGUAUUUAUUUAUUUCCUUUCCUGCGCUUCAGGGGACCCCAGGCCCCAGAUCCCCUUUGCACCCCCAGCCUAUCCCAGAGGCCUUGCAGGCAACCAGCAAUGUCAGUGUAUUUAUAUACAGAGCUUACGACUUUAAUUUUUCAAUAAAGAAAUCUGAACAAG